AUGUCCAACGCCUCCUCUCACAGUCCUCGCGGCUCUGCGCCCAACACGCUCGCCGAUGCCCACCUCCUCUCUCAGCUCGACAGUGCGCUCCAGUCGCAAAGCAGCGGGCUCACCAACUUCAAUUCCGCGCGUCGCCAGCAACAUUCACAAGACUAUCAAUCGCAUUCAGAUCACCAACACCAUCAGCCGAGCCUCCACGCUCCUUGGAACUCGACCCACAGAGCCAACUCAAGCCCAAUGGCUUCCCAAGAGGCCGUACUGAGUCACGGACUACCAGCUGUCGAUGUUACGCAGGCCCAAAUGGCUCCUUCGUCGACCUCGUCCUUUGACCCCUACUCUACCCCGUCGUUUUCUUUCACCUGUCUUCCUGGCCUUGCACAGCCUUCACAAGAGAACCAAAGCUAUUACGCACACUACCUUGACGACUCGAACUCGGCUCGUCAUACGGAGAACUUAGACCCAGCUCUGCUGCCGCCGCACUUGUCCUCGAUGCACAUGCGGUCCGCUUCCGAUGCGCUCGAUGCUUUCACGUCGGCGAUGAACGCAUCCUCGCUCCCCAUGCCCCUAUCUGAGUACAACGAAACAGGCAGCUCGUCCGUGGGCUCGCCCGACUCGGAAGGCGACACGAGCCAAUCGAGCGACAAGAAAAAGUCGGCGCGUCGUCAGGGCGUGACGUGCGAUCAGUGCCGCACCAAACACCUUCGAUGUGACCUCGACGAUCGCCGCGCUCAGGCUGCACGAAGCGCUUCGCCAGAAACCGCCGAGACCGCGAUGCUCGAGAUGCAGAGGAGCACCAACACCGGCACCGCAGUCCAUCACAUCCGAUGCACUCGAUGCGAAGAGAAGGGCUUCGUCUGCACCAAGACGCACGCGCCGCCUUCCCGCCGAUAUCCUCGUCCCAGCCGUUCGGGCAAGCGAAUCGAGCAGGCUCGAAUGCUUCAUGGCGCCUCGUUGAACCAGUCGUCCCUCUCCAAGCCAUCGGUGGAGCGCAUCAACGCGUCAACCAUCCUGAUCCGUGCGCUCACCGAGUUGCGCGGCGCCGAAGUGCGCAUCACUGAUCGCGUCAUGGCCGGCUCGCUUUCCAUCCAGCUUCUUAACUGUUUCUUUGCCGUUUGCCACAUGCAGGCACCCGUGAUCGACUUUGCCCACUUCAGCAAGACUUUCAACCUCGCCAACGGCGAUCCGCGUAAGAUGUCCAUCAUGUCCAAUGGCGGCUCUGCUUCCGAAGGUCUCCCUUCCGUCAUUCCUGACGUGCAGGGCAUUGGAGCCAUCACGUGGCCCGGCAGCAAGGACAGCAAGAUUGGCACUCCCGGUACCACCGAGACUCUGCUCGCUGUCAUUCAUGCCUGGGCUGCGCACUACACCGAUGCGCCGAUCGCCUUUGGUCCAGACUCGAAAGACUUGGAUGCCAUCGACGUGCGCCUUCAGGAGGUGGAUGAACAUGGCCACAUUCAAGCCUCGUUCGAUGCCCGCGACGCCGAAGGCAGCAAGCCCAGCCUCAAGCGUCCCAAACGCAAGCAGGGCGUAGCCUGCGACACCUGCCGUCUGCGUAGAGUGCGGUGUGAUGUGACAGAGAGACCCGAUGGCAUGGGCUGCAGUCGUUGCGAGGACAAGCGCAUCCAGUGCACCGACACGUACAUCCAGACCAAGCGUGCCAAGAUGCUUGCCAAGGGCGGCAAGGCGGGCCACGGCGGUUCGUCCAACGACGACAACACCCCUUCCGCCGAUGCCUCCUCUGAAGCAAAUCGACUGAGCCCACUUGCUUGGAUCCGCUCGCAGGGCGAGGGCCUGCUGCGAACGUAUCGCCCUGGCGACCUGGAACACAACUUGCGACGCGGCCGGGCGCGAAAGGCCUUCUGCCACGCUCUGCUCAACCAUGCGCUCUCUCUGGUGCACAAGCACGACAUUCUCAAGAAGCCCAGUGUCGAGAGUGUCCAGGUCCUUAGCCUACUCGCUCCGCUGCUCGAUCAAGUCGAUGGCAUCCAGGCACACAGCUUUGCUGAUGUUGCGUGUGAUCACACGGAGAAGCUCGGCAUGUCGACCAAGCUCGUGGUCGACGAAACGGAUCGCAACGAAGUGGAGAAGAUGCUCAGCAUCAUGCAGGCUCACCGUGUCUUCCUCACCACAUGGUGCCGCGACUCGAUUGCUUCGGGCCUCAAUCGACGCAAAGCCUUUUUCAAGGAGGAUCGCGCGAUCGAGGUGGUCGGUCAAGCCUCGUUCCGCAGGGAAAGGGUUCCUCUGUCCGCAUCGCGACAGGGCGAAGUGGUGCUGUCCGGCGAGAUGGGUCUUACGUUUGUCAUUAUGACCAUGGUGCAGAUCGGGGCGCUCUCUCGAUUCCUGGGUGCUCAUAUCGAUGCUGUUGAUGGCCAUAAGCCGUCGAUCCCGCCGUGGCAGCGACCUGCGGGAGCGUCCAUGGCGCCCAUUCCGCGUGCAGCGAGAUUUGCCGCUAGGCCGUCGCUCGCCGAGCUGCGAAAGCUCGAGCGCGCAUGCGGCGCCGUGUGGAACAGUCUCGACUCGCUGAUGCUCUUCUUUGACAGGUGCGCGUCCAAGGCGUGGUCGACCAUGCACGAUCUCCAGCCGUUUCGCCCGCUCGGCUGGAUUGCGAGCACCAAACUGUGUGGAUCGCUGCUGUACCUUGCGCUUUUCCGUGCGCUCGGGGAGCGUCAUCGUGCCAAUGCGGCGUUCAUGGCGACGCUGAGCCACUCUCUCGGUGGACAAAGCGCCGUGUCUGAGGAAGACAAGCUGGUUGCAGCUUCGCUCAAGGCUCUGUUUGACAAGAGCAUGCAGCGAGCUAUUGUGUCCUGCCGCAAAACGGCGCGGAUGAUUGGCAUUCUUCUGCCCUUGGGCAUCCUGCAGACGGGCGGACCGAUCCUGAAGCAGAUCUUUCCCGUCGCGCAGUUCCUGGCCAAGAUUCCGAGCGUGUCAGACGAGCAGGUGGCCAGCCGCAUGGGCGGUGGCGGAUCUGGCUCGUCGCAGACCGACCACACUUCCGUCUCCCCCUCGUCGGACCCGAACAACUUUAUCGACCCGCAGACGCUGCAGCAGCAGCAGUUCGUCGAGCAGUUUAUCGCAGAGGAAACGCAGCGCGAGAGCGCAGCACAGGCAGCCCACUCGAUCGAGGCGCUCAACAGCCCUUCAACUAGUGCCCAUCUCGAUGUGCUCCGCCAGCUCGAGGGUAUGCACCAGCUCAAUCUGGGACCUUACUCGCACAGCUCCAAGAAGCAAGAGGUCGAGAAUUUGGUCGAGGGUUUGGCGCAAUUGGGUUAUGCCUGGGAUACCAUGGAUAGGGAUAUUGGUGUGAUUCAGGAUUUGCUGCAGUCGGCAAACUCUGCUCCGCAUGCAGGUUGA